CUUCUGAGACGCAUAUAAUUCAGUUUUUAAACGAAACACACCUGCCAGUUGAUCCACAGAAUGACCUUUACCAAAAAGAACAAAUGACAAUGAACCAAGUAAUGGCCAAUGUCUCACGCUAUACUCGCUAUUUCGAAAAAAAAUCUCCCUUGUCUUUUACAAAAUGGUGCCAUAAACACAAAUUGGUGCUUACUGAAGCCGAUGAACGAAGAAAAAAACUCAAGGAAAACUCUGGCUCCAAACUUACGUAUUAUACGCUAUAUGUAUUAAAUAAAGAGUUUAUGGGUAAGAUAUAUGUGGCAGUCAAGUGGAGGAUGCACUUACAUUUAUUAUUUUAUAGAUCGCGUUUGUUCAAACAUCGCCAGAUAUCUCCCUAAUU